CCUCGGAACGCCCCCUCGGCUGAGGAAACCUUUCUUCCCCCGGUUCGCUGAUUAGCAGCUGCUGAGGCGGCGUGCCCGUAUGGUGGCUCGACGCCGUCCACACGGCUCGGUGGUUCCCGUUAUGGACGCGAGGACCCGGGGCGAAGCAGCGCGUCGCAUCCCCCCAGAUGGCGGAGUGGAGUGAGCGAGGAUGCGCUUCCCCAGUUCCAUCUUUGUGUCUGUGUCUCUGUUCACGGCCGAGACCACGGCAGCGCUGUACCUCAGCACCACGUACCGCUCCGCCGGGGACCAGAUCUGGCAGGGACUCACUCUCCUCUUCGCGCUCGUCCCGUCCGUGCUGGUGCAGCUGACUCUCACCUUCAUCCACCGGGACCUGGGCAGAGACAGACCGCUCGUCCUGCUGCUGCACAUCCUGCAGCUCGGUCCCAUUGUCAGGUGUCUGGAGGCGUUCUGCAUCUACGGCAGCGUGGGCCAAGUGGAGGAGCCUUAUGUCAGCAUCACCAGGAAGAAGCAGAUGCCCCGCGAGGGUCAGUCCGAGGAGGUGGAGCGGCAGGUGGGGCAGGCCGAGGGGAAACUGUUCACGCACCGGUCGGCGUUCUCCCGCACCUCUGUGAUCCAGGCCUUCCUGGGAUCGGCUCCCCAGCUCACCCUGCAGCUCUACAUCUGCGUGCUGCAGCGGGGGGUGUCUGUAGGAAGAGGCACUCUGAUGGUGAUCUCCCUUCUGUCCAUUGUGUACGGAGCACUGCGCUGCAACAUCCUGGCCAUUAAGAUCAAAUACGACGACUACGAGGUGGACAUCCAACCCAUGGCUUACCUCUGCAUCUUCCUGUGGCGAGGCUUCGAGAUCGCCACGCGCGUGGUGGUCCUGGUCCUGUUCAGCUCGGUGCUGCAGCUCUGGGUCCUGCCCGUGGUGUUCUUGAACUUCCUGGUUUUCUUCUUCUACCCGUGGAUCCUGUUCUGGCAGAGUCACUCGCCGUUCCCCGAGAACAUAGAGAAGACCCUCACCAGGGUGGGGACCACCAUCGUGCUGUGCCUGCUGACCUUCCUCUACGCCGGCAUCAACAUGUUCUGCUGGUCGGCCGUGCAAGUGAAGCUCAACGACCCGGACCUGAUCAACAAGUCCCAGAACUGGUACCGCAUGGCCGUGUACUACAUGGUGCGCUUCGCGGAGAACGCCACGCUGCUCCUGCUGUGGUACAUCUACAAGACGGACUUCUACGAGUUCAUCUUCGCGCCGCUGCUGGUGCUGCAGCUGCUGCUGGCCUACGCCAUCGGCAUCUUCUUCAUGCUGGUCUUCUACCAGUUCUGCCAUCCGUGCCGGAGGCUCUUCUCCUCCAGCAUGACGCAGGGCCUUUGGGAUUGCUCCUCCUUCCUCUGCUUCUUGUGCACUUCCGCUUCCCCCCUCAACCAGCCGAUGGGGAGCGCGGCGCCGGAGCCGUCCGCCCGCCGCCAGCCGUCCGACGACCGAGUCCACGACACGACGAGCGACAGCGCGGACGACGCGCCGAACGACACCACGUACGACAUGCUCAACGACACCACCUACGACGUGACCACUGGGGAAAACAGCACCAGGGGUGGAGUCAACGGGGAUGUUGGCCACAUCGUGUCCUGCAACGUCUAAAGCAAUCACAGCAGACUUCUUAAAGCGCCACACGUGUCCCUCU